CUUUCCUCUCCAUCCUCCUCCCCUUGCUUCCUCAUCUCCUCCAUGGAUCGCAAGAUCCCUUCUUGCUCUGCUUCGCUGUAGUAAUGUUCCUCCAUGGACGGUGAUUGAAUGAUGAUGUCGACGUUUUUGUUGCCGUAUUCUUUCUUUCCUAGAUUGGCAGCUUGCUGUCUACAGCCUAGCGACCCUCCCCUCUCUUUUGUGUGCCCACUGUUGCCUAGCCGCUUGUUUCUAGCGGACGCCCAGUUCUUGGGGAUGAGUGAAGCUGGCCGCAUCCUGCUGGCGCCGAGCCUGUUUCGAUUCCACCUCUUUGUAGCUUCCUCUGUCUGAAAAUCGUUUCAGAUAGUCCCCAGAUUUUUUUGGCGUCACCUCGCCAUCCUCUUCCCCAAUUCGGCCUCUUCCACCCCCUUCCUUCCAGGGCUCCGGCAGUUUUCCCCUUGAUCUCUACCACGCCGCAGGCCUUCGGGACGUGUGCGGCGUGUCACAUCCCGGUGGUUCCAUCUUCCAUGCCCGCCUCCGACUGCUAGUUCCCGAUCCUUGCCCCUGCAUGGCCUGAAAAUCCUUGCCUUGUCUGUCGCUUCGUCGCCGCUUCUCGCUGUAAUUUUGCUGCUGGCUGUAGCCUGACUUCCGUGGGGCUGCAAAGCCGUAUGGUAGAUGGCUUGUUUGUCACACGCCAAUGGAGGUCUUGUUUAGUUGUUUCAAAAUUCCAAAACUUUACAAAAUUUUGUCACAUCGAAUUUUUGAAUGCAUGCAUAUGUAGCUAAAUAAAAUAACUAAUUACAUAAUUUAUCUGUAAUUUACGAGACGAAUCUUUUGAGCAUAGUUAACCCAUGAUUGGAGAUUAAUUACUAAAUACAAACAAAAUGCUACAGUACUUUACACUCAAAAGUUUACAUCUAAACACCACCGGAGUCUCCUUGAUUCCACUCAUUAUCCUCACCUGCAACUCUGCUCCCACAUCAUUUCUGUCUAUGUAUCACUCGGAUUAACCCUGCAACUUUUUCCCUCUGCCUGGCUGCGCGUCUGAAAUUUUACCGCUUCAGAGGAGCCGAGCAGGCGAGCACGUUAACAACAUUCCAUUUAAGCGCAGUUCCAGAGUGCCCAACUGCAGAGCACAGUGAAGCUGCGUCCGUUUCCCCAUCACUGUCAUCAAUGAGGUCGCCCCUCGCCAUGCCUGCCUGGUCCUUGCCUCUCUUAUUAAUAGCGUAACUGUACGCGCAUAUCCCGCACCUGCUAAUGUGCUUCGUCGUCCUCCUCCCUCCCGCCUCAUUCCUCCACUGCUGGCGUUAAUGGGCUAACAGCUACAGCUCAUCUUCUUCGCCCUUUUCUAUGCGAGGUUUAAUGCCCGUUUGGUGGCGACUGCUAGCUUCUCCACCCCUUGAAAAAGCUUUUACAUUCUUCCCCGCAAAGAGAAAGACCUGAUCUUUCUUUCCGUCCGGUGCCGGUGUUGAUUUGGAUUCUUGCAAGAUAUCCUUGCGCGGUUCUGCGGUAGGAUCAGGAGGUUGGUGGUCGCCGGCGCAGCGUCCGCGAAGCGGCCUCGGAGGGUAGCGCUGCACGGCUUCCCCGGUGGCGCCGAGGCGUUCGAGCUCGUCGCGAGGUUGUGUUACGCCGACGGCGGCUGCGGCGGCGCGGUGACCGCGGCCAACGCUUGCGUGCUCCGCUGCGCGGCGGAGUUCUUGGAUAUGGCGGCGGACGCGCCCGAGGCGGCGUCGACGGCCGCGCCGAGCCUGGUGAGGAUGACGGAGAAGGCGCUCGAGGAGAUGCCGCACUGGCCGUGGCACGCCGUCGUGGACGCCGUGAAGCAGUGCCAGCGCCUGCUCCCGCUCGCCGACACCACCGGCGCGUUCGACGCGGCCGUGGCCGCGCUGGUGUCCCACAUGACGGUGCCCCCGCCUGCCGGGGACGCCACGCCGACGAGCUCCUCGCCGGAGAGCUCGGCGUUCCGGUUCUCGUGCGACACCAAGAGCAGCAGCCUCAGCCUGCGGGGGUCCUGCAUCAGCCGCACCUGGUGGUUCGAGGACCUCGUGUCGCUCCGCCCCGGCACGGUGGAGCGCGUCGCCGCGGCGCUCGUGGCCAGGGGCACCGACCACCGCAUCGUCGCCCGGUUCCUCUUCUACUACCUCAAGUGCCGCAUCGCCGGCGCGAGCGCCGAGGACAAGAAGGCGAUGCUGGAGGCGUCGGUCACCGUCAUGUCCGGCCUCGACCGGAGCGCGGUCUCCAGCAAGGGCCUCUUCGGCAUCCUCCGGAUCGCCGCGCCGCUCAAGCUGACCGACGCGUGCCAGCAACGGCUCGUCGCCAUGAUCGGCCGCAAGCUGGACCACGCCACGCUAGACAACCUCCUCGUCCCGGCGCCGGCGGGUACGGGCAGCCUGUACGACGUGAACCUGGUGCUCAGGUUCUUGGAGGCCUUCCUCCGCGGCGGCGCCCCCGACGAGCUGGCGAGGCUGAAGGUGGGCAGGCUCGUCGACCUCUACCUGGCCGAGGUCGCCCCGGACCCGUCCCUGCGCCCGGCCAAGUUCCUCGAGUUCGCCACCGCGCUGCCAGCUCCGGCGAGGGACUGCCACGACGCGCUGUAUCGCGCCAUCGACGUCUAUUUCCAGGUCCACGGUCGCCUGACGGAGGAGGAGAAGAUGAAGAUCUGCAGGGGCCUGAGCUACGAGAAGCUGUCGCCGGAGUGCUGCAAGCACCUGGCGAGGAACGGCGCGUUCCCGACGAGGGCGGCGGUGCAGGCGCUGGCGUCGCAGCACACGGUGCUCAAGAGCCUCGUCCUGCGCGACCCGGCCGAGCUGAAGCCGGUGGCGCCGUCCCCUCCCCCGUCCACCGGGAAGCGCCGCGAGACCUGCUACGAUGACGGCGGCCGCGGUGGCGGCGAGAACGACGGGCAGGUGAUCCUGUACGCGGGGCGGCUGGACCUGACGCUGGAGAACCAGAACCUGCGGUCCCUCCUGGACGGGAUGCACUGGCGCGUGAUGGAGCUGGAGAAGGUGUGCAGCCGGAUGAAGACGCAGAUGACCAAGAUGAAGGCCAGGAGGGCAGGCAGCCGCACCGCCAGGUCGCUCCCCAGGAUGUGUUCUUGAUCCACCCCACUCUGCUGCCAUCUGGGGUGAUCAUGCAUAACACACUGUGCCAUAGUGAUGUACAUAGUGCUAGAAUCAAUCAAGUGCAGGUCUUAGCAUAUCUGCAUGUUGUCUUGCUUCUAUUCUAUUUUUUGGCUUCAUUUUUGCCAUGUUUCCUCUGUGUAUGAUGUGCUAUCAGCUCUUGGUGAUUGGAAAGAAGAGCCGGUUUGAGUGGUCCUUCAGUGAAUCUGAUCUGAAGAAUGUGUGGCAUGCCUGAAGAAUCUGACAAUGCUAUAGCUUGUGUACA